UGUACUUCCAUUAGAUUUCACUAUCAUCUGGUGUUUAGUAGAGUGCAGCGGAGCCUGAGUUCAGUUCAAAACGGAGGGAUAGUUAGUAGCGCGUUUCCGCAGUGAAGUGGUGGAAGUAAAAUUUUUUUGGUGUGAUCUUCCGAAAAACCGUCCGGUUAGCAGUAUGAAGAUUAAGCUACUAAUACUGGCAGUGUGCAUUGCAGUUAGCCACGCAGCACCACAGCGGACAGAGGCCGAGUCGGAAAUCGUAGCCCAAGACAGCAACAUCGACCCGGACGGGUCUUAUCAGUACAGCUAUGAAACAGCCAACGGAAUUCGCGGACAGGAGCAGGGAACGCUGAAACGAGCAAGCAAUCCAGAUACAACCGAUGUUAUCGUUGCGUCCGGUUCAGUAACCUACACAGCCCCCGAUGGCCAGGUCAUUACGCUGAACUACGCCGCCGAUGACGAGAAUGGAUUCCAGCCUCAGGGUGAUCAUCUGCCGACACCACCACCGAUUCCACCGCAGAUACAAAAGGCUUUGGACUACCUAGCGAGUCUUCCGCCGGUGACCAACCGGAGACGUUAGGUGCGUGAAACCGCGUUCACCCGAAAGAGACCCAAGACUCGUGCUGAUUACUGCAAGAUACCACGUCGCAAGUAAAUGUAGGACCUGACCCGCCCGCGUUGGCUAAUACUCAAUUUCUAGUUUGUUGAUAGGAUAAUUACAUGUUGUAUAAUGUUGGAAGCAGAUGUUCGGAGAAAAAGUGUGAAGUUUCGUGUUCAAGCUUUAAUGCUAAAUGUUUUAGCAAGUAAAGAAAAGAGUACUAAUGCAUAACCAUACAGUUCAAAGGCGUUAAUAAAAAGCGCAUGUGAAAAUGAA